GGCGAAUCCACAGAGAAUAGAGAACAGUGCUGGUGAAGAUUUCUCCCAAUCAUCUGAGCAUCAAGAGUGGUGGGUGAAUAACUAGUUCGUUCAAACCUCAUGUUGCCGCUCACCCCAUUUCUGUCAAUCAUUAGUAGAUAUUUUUGUGUGGUUCGUGCGGUUGUCAAAUUAAGAUAAAUAGACUUUAAUUGUGCUUUUGUCGCAAACUUUAAAUUGCUUUUUGGCUGACCUGCAGACCUUUUUACUGCCUGAAUAUAGACUAGUUGCCAGUUUUUUCGUUGUUGUUAUUCUUGUAGCCAAUUUUUUUUGUUGGACUGCUGAAGGUUCCAGUUAUCUACAACUGUUUGUUUACAACGGUUCGAGUGAGCUUUUUUUCUCAAAAACGCAUUUCAAAAUACGGUGUUACACGCGCUAAAGCUGAGAAAAUAAUUAAAAGUAAACACCAGAAGCAGAUGAUUGCCUCUUGCUCCCUAAUGGAAAAAUAUCUAUAAAGGGUGGAAACUGCAUUUUUAAGUAAGAAAGACGAAGUUGAGAGUAGCAGAGAAAUUAGACUAUGAAAUGAAUUCCGUAAUUCUUGCUGUUUGUUACUUUUGCUAAAUUUUGUCAAUAGAAGAUUGAUAAAGGAAUUUGUAGGGUUUGAAUAUGUAUACUUAAGGCUAUUGAACUUUGAAGUUUGAAGCAAAUGUCGUUUACGAAUUCUUUGAUAUCCAUAAUUUUCAUCAAUCACUUAAGUUCUUAAUUCAAUCUUAUUUGCCGACUUUUUCAGUAGCGAAAAUAGGACCAGAAUGGUUGAAAUCGUCACAGUUGGACACGUCUUCCUCCUGGGUUUACAGGUGUUGGUGUCUUCCAACGUGGUCAGUUCAAAGUCUUAUGAGUAAGUUCUUUCAGUCUCAUUACCAAAGCUAGUUGGGAAACGAUUAGAUCAGAUUGCAAAGUAAAAAUGUAUUAGAACUGUUUUAUAAAGCGUACAACGAAAUCUGUUCAGAUUGAUCGAUUUCAAAGCAAUAUGAGGGGGUAGAAAACAGAUGUAACGGAAGCCUCAUUGGCGCAUAAGGGGAAUGAAAUUAGCGUUAUGCUGCGAAGAUCGCUUUCAUAUUCGCUUUGUAACUCUCAGUUUACACAAAAAUGGUUUCAAAUAUUCACAGACAUUCAUUCAUCACUUUCGCCAUAAACCCGUAAGUUACGCGUUUAUGGCGAAUCAACAUCAUGACCAGCUCCCAGUUGGCUUGUCAGCAUCGGUAUCACACACGUAAUGGUUUCAAGUCCCGUACAGGCCUGAACGUUUUUCUGGCCUUAUUUUCAUUAUUGCUUUAGUAGUGUUCACUACUACAAGAUUCGCUUUUACAUUCAUUUCCUAAUUAGCAGUUCACAUAUAUGAUCUUUAUAUAUUCGCAGUCACAUAAAAUAUUAUAUUAAGUUAAGAAUUAGGACAUUUUAAAUAGUUUCGCUGUAAGUAUGUUAGUGUUUUAAGGUCAAUGCCCUCCUUUCACGACUAUUAUCACAAUUUCUUUAAUGUCACAGCGCGCAACUGAAAUUGUCUUAGGAUAUGGCACAUUUAUUUGUUCCCUCCUCCAGAACAUUCUUUUGAUGGAAUGAUUGUAAUUCCAGGUGCUUUGAGGGAAACUGUGCCAUGACAGGCUCUUGCCGGUCGGCUCCUGGAGCUGGUUUUAGCCCUUACUGCUGGAUAGCAUCCGACUCGUGGGGGCAUAAGCUAAAGUGUGGGACUAAAAGUGAUUGCAGAGACGCUGCUCUUAAUUGGGGAAAUUGUGUCUUCGCCUCAUGUGCUUUUGAUCGCGGUAGCGGAAGAUCCUGUGACCGGAUGAACAGGGAGAAACUUGGAGAGCUUAAAAAGGAAUGUGGUAGUGAAGGUUUCAGUUUUAAUUCUUGGGCCAACAGGUACGAGAAAGCUCGUAAACUGUACGACAAGUUUAGCCCCUGCGUCGGUGGUGCCAUUGAGGAUGAAACCAAAAAGGUUAUAAAAUAUUGUCACUGCUUCAACUCCUGUGGAAAAGAUCAGACUGAAGAUGGCACCUGCACAGUCCAAGGUUUGGAUAGGAGAUUGGAUAUGGAGUUGGACGUCAAAACUCCUUACACAGCGGUGUAAGUUUUUUCGGUUUUCAUCUUUUUUAUUAGUAGUUUUACAAAACUGCAUUCUCUAAUUUUUCACUGAUCAGUGACUUUUCCAUUAUUCUGGUGACGUUUUGCGUUCCGUAAGCAUCAUGUAAAUCAUUACAUUAGUCACUAAUCUCUUACAGUUUAGGCCAUAAACAUUAACUUUUUAUCAUUUAUCUCCUCUUUCUCCUUUUUCCUGAAAUAAAGAUGCGCCUUAGAUUGUGAACCGGAAGAAAAGGUAUGUUAAAGUUUCUAGUAAGUCAAUUGUUAUGGUUUGUUUUCUUUGCUCAGAGGCAAAAACGAUCCUCGAAAAACUGAAGCAGAUCUUCAUCCUUCUCCUUAAAACCAAUUAUUUGUACCUUUCUCAAAUAUGCACGAUUCUCCGCCUGGUUGGUUUGCCUCUGCCUACUCAUUAGAUUAAUUUUCUCUGUCCAACAAGUCUAUCAAAACCUCACCAUGUUGUUGGUUGAAGUGCACUUGGUUGCGCCGGCUCUUUUAUCCGCGCUCAAUUCAAAUAACCUAUAACAAGUGAUCAAAAUUAAAUGCAACAAGUUUAAGUAAUUUCUGACGGGAUUGGAGUUAGACAAUUUUCCUCAGUGUUUACAGGCAUGAUAGAAAAACAUUCAAACUCGGAACUAUCAAGAGAGAAAUCUGGCCGAUAGUCAAAGCGGUGCUGCGAGUCUGCUGCGAUCACCACUAUCCCACAAGGUUUUCUUUGAAGAAAAAAUCAAGAAAACGUGCACAAAAUGUUACAAAUGAAUGGGGUUUUUUCCCCUUUAUGAUCCUUCUCUGCGUCAUUAAGUUUGUCUUUUGAUCUUUGGGUAUUAUAAUUAUGGGAGCAAAAAUUAGAGGCAAGGCAAGGGAGAAGCACUAAGGCUAUGCAAUAAAAAAAUUUGAAUUAAUGUAUAACCGUAUUUUUCCACAGCUUGUCUUCUUGCAGAAAGUGAAAAACGAGCAUCCCACUGAAAAAGCUACUAAAAAGGUCAUCAUAACGAAAGGAAUGUCUUCUUCCAAGUCUACGUCCAGUGGUGGAAGUUCAAGUGCAACUGUGUCUGGGGAAGUCGGAUUUAAAGUGAUGGAAAUUUUUGACGUAAAGAUCGGCGCAUCAGGAACAUUGGAACAUAACUGGAGUUUGUCUACAACUAGGACAGAAAUUCAGCAAGUAACCAGUGAGAUAUCCAUUGGUGUUGAGCCAGGAGACGAAGUAUCGGUGUUUCAGGUUGUUGGCGAGUGUAAAAACAGUGACGGCACUGUUUACACAGUGAAAACACCCACUUAUGUUAUCAGAGGCAAAGAUGGCUCAUCCGAAACCAAGAAGGCAGAUUUCUCUAAGGCCGAAAAAGGAUUGGCGUAGAGAAGAUUCAAGACAUUAAGUUUUAUGCCUUGUCAUCAAAUAGUUGAAUUUCAACCAAAUAAAAUC